UUGUAGUCUGCCAUAAAACCUUAAAGAAGAAGAAGAUGCGUCACUCAAACUUCGACUCAGGGGCAAGCGGGAAAUACAAUAUUUUGUAGCUAGCUAUAAAUUAAACACGCUCUAAACUCUAAGCACCUGCCACAGUAUUGAUAAACUGGAGACUGAAAAUAUGCACCAUGAUACAGAGGAGGACAAGAGCAGCCAAGCAUUCAACACGCGUUUCGGGCAGUAUAACUAUACUGCAGAGGAGUACCAGGCAGUCCAGAAUGCACUGCGACAGAAGCUGGGACCUGAAUACAUCAGCUCCAGGAUGGCUGGAGGGGGGCAGAAGGUGUGUUACAUCGAGGGGCACCGUGUGAUCAGCCUGGCCAAUGAGAUGUUUGGAUACAACGGCUGGUCUCACUCCAUCUCCCAGCAGAAUGUCGACUUUGUUGACCUCAUCAAUGGGAAGUUCUACGUUGGAGUCAGUGCGUUUGUCAAAGUCCAACUGAAGGACGGGUCGUUCCAUGAGGACGUUGGCUACGGGGUGAGCGAGGGACAAAAGUCCAAGGCCCUGUCACUGGAGAAGGCCAGGAAAGAGGCGGUCACUGAUGGACUGAAGAGAGCACUCAAAUGUUUUGGAAACGCCCUUGGGAACUGUAUCAUGAAUAAAGAGUACCUCAUAUCCAUCAACAAGAUCCCUAAACAGCCUGCUCCCCCCCUGGACCCAGCCCAGACCAAGCGUUCUGACAGUGAGCCGUCAGUGGAGAAGGCCCGGCUGUCUAGCUUGGCCCGGUGGGAGAGUGCUGGGCCUGGGUCAGGGAGGGCACCACUGGAGCAGCCCAGGGUCCACAACCACCACCAGGCUCCCCCAGGGGAGCACGGGGACAGAGGGGGAGCCAGGACCUUUCUCUCACACACCCCUACUGCUGCCUCUGGACCAGUAGCCCCCUCAGCUCCAUCAGACAGUGAGAACAAGCGCUGUAAUCUUGUCAGGUCUUUAUCAGAUGUGGAGGACCUCUGUCUCUCUGAUGCACACACAGACCCCAAGCAGCUGAGGAAGCUCAAGCAGCAGCAGCUGCAGCAGAAGUUCCGCCAGGAGAUGGAGGCGAAAAAGCUCCUGCAGGGACAACCUCUGCUCCAGCUCAAGACAGAGGGUCCAGACACAGCUAUUGCACAGGCACCCAGUGGAGCUCAUGAUAACCCAGAGCUGUGGGACUUCACUCUUGACGGCAUCCAGGAGUUGGAGGCCCCAGCAGGUGGACCUUCAUCAACAUCAUCCUCGUUACAACCCAGUACGCCAGGGGGUAGUCACCAAAUGCUGACCCGCAGUAAGACCCCUCAGAGAGGGGCUUCACCAUCCCUACGACCCCCCGUCAGGCCCCACGAGCCCCCACCACACGGCCAAGUACAGGGGGGAAACCAACCCCUGUAUCACAACCAGCACCCUAGGACAUCUGACAGGACAGGUGAGACUGGGUGAGGCAUUCAGUCCAUCUAGACAAGGACAGUACAUGAAGAAACGCAAGCUGGACACUUGAGAAAAGGCCUUUUCACUGUUACCUAAAAGCCAUUUUACCAACAAGUCUUCAUUUUGAUUUGUAUUUUAUUUUAAUUGAUAUGUUGAGUAUAUGGGCAUCUCUUCUUGCUGCUAAAUGUAAAGAAAUGUUUAUGGUUUUUGUAAAUAAAAUCAGGGAUUUCUGUUUGCCUUUCAAAAAA